AUGGCCCCAUCCCAGCCAGGCUCGGCCACGGCGGCAGCCGCGGCGGCAGCAGCGCGGACGCCGCAGCUAGCUAGUGGCGGCGGCGCCGGUGGCGGUCACUAUCGGGACCCUGAAGGCAGUAGCGGAGACCAAUAUGCCGAGCCAAACGGUGGCAGCAACCACGCUGGUGCGGCUGCAGACGGCGCCGGCCAUGGCUAUGCUGGCGCAGCAGCGGGGGGGUAUGGCGAAUGGGCCGGGCAGGGCCUGGAGGCGGUGCCGGCGACAGACGAUGCGUCAGCAACCGCCGCGUCAGCCGCUCAGGAUGGCGCAGAGGCCUACAACCCUGCAGACUAUCUGCAGCAGCUGGAGGCGCACCUGGCGGGCCUGCAGCAGCAGCGCAGCGGCCUGCAGCAGCAGCUGGCGCAGGCGGCGGCAGAUGCCUACCAGGCGAUGUCGCAGCGGCUGGGCACCGCCAGCACCGGCGUGCCGCUGCCGGCAGAGCCGGCGGCGCUGGUGGACGAGCUGGCGGUACUGCAGUCGGUACGGCAGUACCUGCAGUAUGUUCAGGAGCUGCAAGCCCUGAUUCGGCACGUGGAGAAGACGGCGCGCACGCUGCAGCAGCAGGUGCAGCAGGAUGGGGGCGCGGCGGCGCCUGGCAGCGCCUCGGGCACGGCAUUCCUGCAGGCCCUGUCUGAGGCUGUGGACAGCUUCAGCACAGCAAUGGGGUAUGCCAUCGCAGUGAAGCAGCUGGCAGACCAAGGCAAGGUGCCCACUGAGCGCCUGCAGCAGUAUGCGUCGGGCCUGCUGGGGCGGGUGGAUGCGGUGCAGCAGAGCCUGCGCAGCCUGCUCAGCGAAGGCAUCCAGCAGCGGCUGGCAGCUGCCCACUGGCCGCCGCCGCUCAGCGUCAGCGCGGAGGGCGCGGCAGCGGCACCGGCGGCAGACGAUGGGCGUGCGUGGCGUGGGUUUGCUGCGGGGGCAGGUGGACAGGCGGCUGUGGCCGAGCUGCAGCAGCUGCUCGUAAUGCUGCUGACGCUGCAGCGGGCGAGCCAGCAUGAGCAGUUUAGUCUGCUGACUGAAGCCGGCCAGGAGGGCCCGCUGCUGUGGCCAGCCGAGGAGCUGGCCGCGCCGUUGGCCCAGCGGCUGCGCCACCACUUUGCAAGCGGGCUGCCCACCGACCGCCCCGACCGUCCCGAGUGGCUGUUUGCCACCGCGCUCAAGGCGGCCCAGCAGUGCUCCCCGCUGGCGCAAGAGCUCCAGCCCUGCGUCGAGGCGCACGGCCUGCAGGCCUGGUACAGCCUGCCGCUGGAGGUGGCUCGGGCGGUGGAGGUGGUGGGCGUGAAUGCUGUGCUGGGCGAACACUUGCUGCCGCAGCUUGUCGAGGCUGGCGACCCGGCGCUCUGGCUGCACCUGGCUGACGAGGCGAUGCAGUUUGAGCGCAGGUUUGCGCCGGUGCGCGGCGCCAGCCUAGCGCUGCCUGUCGACGAGGAGUUCCUGUCUGCCGCCCACCCUGGCUCCACCAUCGAGCUGCUGUUCCAGCGCGGCGAGUGGCGGGAGGGGUGGCUGGGCGCGGAGCUGUGGGAUGCCUCCCGCCAGCUGGACGCCGCCUGCGACGCCUACUCCGCCUGGCAGCCCGCCGCGCAGCAGCUGCUGGCGGUGACGGGGCAGGAGGAGGACUUGGUGCCUGACACGCCCAGGAGCAGGGGCGGCGCCGCCGCCUCGCGCCGCGAGUUCUGGCCGCCUGUGUGCGCGGAGCAGGUGGCGUCGCUGGUGGGAGGCCUGGUGCGGCGCGGCGGCUGGGUGCACGGCCUGGACCACAAGCUGCGCUUCAUGCAGGCGGUGCCGCUUGCGGUACUACGCGCCUUCCGCGACCGCCUCUCCGGCCUGCUGCAGCAGGCGGAGCAGGGCAUGCUGGGGGACACCUGGCUGCCGCGCGUGGGCGCCGCCGUCAAUGCCGCGCACUACAUCGAGCACCACCUGCGGGAGCCGCAGGGCGUGCUGCUGCUGGCGGAGCUGCAAGACUCUGCUGCUGCUGCUGCUGCUGCUGCGGGCGCCACGGGCGCGGAGGACCCUGCCGGCGACGGCGGCAAGGCAGAGGGCGGGGCUGGCGGCGGCGCACGCAGCCUGACCACGCUGGUGGAGCGCGAGGCGGCAGCGUUUGCCACCCUGCGCAAGCAGUGGGCGUACAAGCUGGCCAAGCAGGCGGUGGACAGCUGGAACAAGCUGCUGGUGCCAUACAAGAAGGAUGCUGCCGCCUUCACCGCCGGCUUCGAGGAGGGCGUGCCUCCCGAGCAGGCGGCUGCCGCCGUGGCUGCCGUGGGCCCCGCGGCACCCUCCCCCGCCAUGCUGGUGGCCGCAGACAGCCUGCAGCAGCUGCUUCGGGCGCUGGCCGAGCAGCUAGAUGCCGUGGUGUUCAGGGAUGUGUGGCGGAGCGUGGCGCUUGCGGUCAACUAUGGGCUGUACAAUGAGGUGGCCACAGAGGCGCUCUUCUCGGCGCAGGCGAGUGCAGCCUGUGCUGGGCUGGGCGGCGCCGCCCAGCUGGACGCUGACCUGGCGGCUAUGGCCGCCAUCUUUGGUGCCUACACCGGCCGCCCCGCCGCGCACUUCAAGGAGAGCAAGGAGGCGGUGCGGCUGCUGACGAUGCCGCACGGCGCCGCGGUGCAGCUGCUGUCGGCGCUGGAGGCGCAACCGCGUGGCGCCAAGCAGCUGCUGGCGCCGCACGGCGUCAAGCAGCUGAACGCGGAGCAGGCAGCGGUGGUGCUGCUGCAGCGCCUGGAUGUGCUGACCAGCCGCACGGGCGGGAGUGCCGUGGCGGCAGCCGGCGGCGGCGCAGGCGGCGGUGUGUAG